AUGUCUGGGGUUACAUUAGAAAAUAACUGGCACAAUAUAUUAAGUAAUGAAAAUGGUUGUUCCGUCACUGCAAACAAUGCUAACAAAGCACCAUCUGAUGAAGAAGAGGAUUUUGUAGUAGAUUUGAACACUGGUUCUCUUGAACCAGUGUCAUUAAAUCACUAUAUGAGAAUGCUAGAAGUCACAGAGAAGUUUGGCCAGCUAUAA